AAACGAGUUAGCCCCAUUUGUUAUUUGUUUGUUUGUAUCCUUCCUUCUCUCCUCUUCUCUUUUUCUCAUUUUAUAUAUAUAGUACUUAUAGUCUUUCUCUUAGGUAUACACCACUAAACCUUGGCUAGCAAUAAUAUCAAAUAUGGAAGAUGAUCAUGAUUAUGUACCGGAACUGAACGACGGUACUGUUUGUGAUGGUAACGAAUCUGGUACUGGGAGUAGUAGUGGGCCUCAGGUCAACACAUCUCGAUGGAACCCUACGAAGGAGCAGAUUAAUUUACUUGAGAGUUUGUAUAAGCAAGGAAUAAGAACUCCCAGUGCUGACCAAAUACAGCAGAUAACCGCAAGGUUAAGAGCUUUUGGUCACAUUGAGGGUAAGAAUGUCUUUUACUGGUUUCAAAAUCACAAAGCCAGGCAAAGACAGAAGAAGAAGCAAGAGACCAUGGCCUAUAUUAACCGAUAUAUCCAUAGGAGCCCUCGCCCAAUUUUCCCUACAAAUAAUUCCCCAAGUGUGGUUUGCGGUCCAUAUUACAUACCAGUAGUUCCGCAGAGGCAUCAUGAGCAACAUACAGGAAUUAUCCACCAACCCCACAAUUCCAGUAAUGUUCCAUCAAGUAGCAGCACGAGCAUACCGAGUCUAGAAGAAAUGGAUAAAAAUGCUAGGGCUGUCCCUUUUGGUGCUGCUGCUAUAGAAUAUAAAGCGGUGUCUAUUCUUCAUAAUGGUGGAAAGAACUCUUCUUAUAUCGGUUGCGGUGCUAGUCGCUACUAUGCUGGAACUUGGGGCACUCCAAUUACCUCAUUGAUAGAGGUGCCGACUUAUGAUUAUAAUCAAUGUAACAAAGAGACACUUUCACUCUUUCCAGUCAGCCCAACAGGCCUUCUACAAGAAAAAGAAGAAAACAUGCGUCUUUGUUCAUCUGAAAUUGAUCAACCUGGUUGCUCAUCAGAUCGUGAUAACCCUUUCUUUAACUUUUUUUCCCUUUAGUUAAUUAAAUAUAUAUGUUAGAAGUACUACUGCUUUCUAAAUAAUCAGAAUAAGUUAAGCAUAUAAUUAGCAAUAUGGUUUGUAGUAAGAAUAUAUUAAUACUU